GGCUCUCUCUGCAGACAGGAGCACGGGGGGCUGAUACUGCGGAUUGGGGGGAAGCUGCUGCUGCUCUGGGAGGAAUUACAAAUCCCCUUCACCCUGCUGUACAGCAGCACCACAGCCCUCCCCUCCUCUCAUAGAAGCUGGAGGAUCUCACCCACCACUACUGGCACCUCUCCUGAAUAUGGCACUUGCAGGAAAGCACUAUGAAGGACCCGUGAACAACUCCAGACCUGAUUUGUGGAUUUCAGCUUCUCCUAAUGGAAAAGAUGAAAUUAUUACAAGCCUUGUAUCUGCCAUAGAUUCAAUGUGCACUGCCCUAUCCAAGCUCAAUGCUGAAGUUGCCUGCAUAGCAGUUCAUGAGAACAGUUCCUAUAUUGUUGGAACUGAGAGGGGGAAAUUUUUUUUAAACUCCAGAAAAGAGUUGCAAACAGAUUUCCAACGAUUCUGUGUGGGUGAUCUUAGAACAGAACAGGAAACAGAUGGCCCUAUGAGAAGCAGGGACUGCAACCAGAAUGUCCAGAGAGUAUCUCCAGGACCAAGUACUGAUAUUUACCUUCUCAGGAAGAUGGUUGAAGAGAUCUUUGAAGUGCUGUACAGUGAGGCUUUGGGAAUGUCUAAUGUUGUUCCGGUGCCAUAUGACAAGAUAAUGAAGGAUCCUAGUUCAUUGGUGGUGCUUGGUUUACCUGAUGGCAUCCCCUUCCAAAAGCCUUCUGAAUAUAAUUUAAAAAAUCUGAUGCUUAUUUUAGAACACAGUCACCAUAUCCGAUUUAAUCUAAGAUCUGUUGAAGAACCCAGCAAAGAGCUCAAACCGUGUCAUGAUUUCAACUGCUCACCUGUUACAACAGCAAAUAUUGUUCCAGACACAGGUCCUAGUGCCAAAGUCCCAAAGCCUUCAGCUCACGAAAAUCCAUCCAAUAUAUCAAACUUGGUGUACAGUGUCUCCUUACCCAACCCACUAUGUAUGGAGGUAAAACAGGAGGUUCACGCAAAUAUUCCUGGGCACAGUACAGCCAGUGAUGUGCUGGGUCACAAGUCACCAGGAGAGCAGAUGCAGGACUACUCAGAUUCUGGUGAGGAUGGCCAUGCGCUUACCAGUGGACAGCAGGCGUCGUCAGCAAGUAGUAGCCUCAGACAGAAUGUCCAUGCCUCAAAAUGGGUGUUGUUUUCGAUAGUUCACGAUAAAACAGAGAAAUGGGACAGUUUCAUUAAGGAAACAGAGGAUAUCAAUACCCUCAGGGAGUGUGUACAGAUCUUGUUUAACAGCAGAUACGCUGAAGCUUUAGGUCUUGAUCACAUGGUGCCGGUACCUUAUCGGAAGAUUGCUUGUCACCCAGAAGCAGUAGAGAUUAUAGGAAUACCUGAUAAAAUCCCUUUCAAAAGACCAUGUACUUAUGGAGUUCCUAAACUCAAGAGAAUCCUGGAAGAGCGGCACAAGAUACACUUCAAAAUUAAAAGUAUGUUUGAUCAGAGAAUCUUUGAAGGUGCUAAAUUUACCAAAGAAACCUUAAAGCCGGAUGUGAACUGCCCGGGAGAAGAGGCGUGUGGAGACACUCAGAAGAUGGCAGCGGUAGACAUGCUUGGGUUGUCCCUUGGGGAGAGGUCUGAAACAAGCAACAUAUCUGAAGAAUGUGAGCCAGGUACAUCAAGUGAACAGAAUAGAUUAAAACAAAUAAAAGUCGAGCCUGAAGAUCAAGUAAUAAUGCAAGUUACUGUUCCAGAACAUACGUUUAAUUCCAAUGAAUUGCCUGACUGUUUGAAGACUCAAAUGAAUACAGAAAACUCCACUUGUGUGCUCGACAUAGGAACAGUUUCUGAAAAAGGAAUAACUGUUGACUCAAGACUUAACAGAGUGGAUGGGAAACAUAUAGAUGAGGGCAUUGGAGAUAUUAUUCGACAACUAAGAAAACGAGUGGAAAAUGCAUUUAAUAAAAAAUAUGCGAAAGCAAUUGGUGCCUCACACCCUGUUAAAGUGCCAUAUUCUAAAUUCUUGAUGUACCCGGAAGAUCUGUAUGUUGUGGGCCUACCCGAUGGGGUCUCAUUUCGGCGACCCAACUGUUUUGGAAUUACAAAACUCAGAAAGAUACUAGAAAACAGCAACACCAUUGAGUUUGUGGUAAAAAGGCCAGAAUUGAUUUCUGAAGGACUUAAGGAGAGUAUGAAUGAUACUAGUGGUCCUAUAGGAGUCGUCGAGAAAGAUUGUAAUGAUCCCACACUGGAUGAAACCUCAAAGAGACCUAGUUUUCAAGAAAAUUUUGAUGCCAGGCUUUCCAGGAUAGAUAUUGCCAAUACUUUGCGAGAGCAGGUGCAAGACAUGUUUAAUAAAAAAUAUGGCGAAGCACUUGGAAUUAAGUACCCAGUUCAAGUACCCUAUAAACGCAUUAAGAAUAACCCUGGCUCUGUUAUAAUAGAAGGCCUGCCUCCAGGAAUUCCUUUUCGAAAACCCUGUACGUUUGGAUCACAGAAUCUAGAAAGGAUAUUGGCAGUGGCAGAUAAAAUCAGGUUCACGGUUACAAGGCCAUUUCAGGGACUCAUUCCGAGACCUGAUGAUGAAGAUGCCAAUAGACUGGGAGAAAAAGUGAUUCUUCGUGAACAAGUAAAAGAGCUGUUUAAUGAAAAAUAUGGUGAUGCCCUAGGGUUGGGCCGUCCAGUACUAGUACCUUACAAGUUAAUCAGGGAUAAUCCUGAUUCUAUAGAAGUCACUGGUCUGCCAAAUGACAUUCCAUUCAGGAACCCAAAUACUUAUGACAUAACACGACUGGAAAAAAUAAUAAAAGCACGGGAAAACAUUCAUAUGGUGAUAAUAAACCAAUUACAGCCAUUUUCAGAGAUAUGUAUAGAGCCACCAUCACAAUUACACAAAGACAGCUUUACUCCCAAGCGAAAAAGAAAGCGAAUUUCUGAAGGAAACUCUGUGUCCUCAACAUCAUCCAACUCUUUAUCGUCCUCAUCUUCUUCUUCUUCCAAUAUAGAACCCAUCUCAUCAGCACAUCCAAUGUCACUAGUGCAAUGGCCCAUGUAUAUGCUGGACUAUGGAGGUGUAAAUAUGCCGAUUCCUGGACAAAUGAAUUACUAGUCUCCUCAGAUGGAGGUUGAAUGAAAAUAUGUAAUUAUUGUAUAAAAUGUAUACGAUGGUAUUUAACAAUGCCUUUUAGUUUUUUUCCAAUCAUUUUUACAGUCUGUUUCUGCCAUACAAGACAGCCUUUUGA